AUCUCCUUAAAUAUUAUCCCAACGUCUUUUUGUAAUCAGGGUCCCAUAAUUCCUUCCAGAAACGGCCCUUUUGCCCCUCACGUCACGCGUUUCGGGGGAACCGUGCAGGUCGUCGGUAGCCGGGUAUUGCAGGUCAAUACUCUGCCCAGAUCAGAAGCUCCCUUGCCUCCUACUCCUCGGGCCUCAGUUUCCCCCAGUGAAAGAACAGCACGGCGGUCGUGCCGGGGAUCGGAGGCCCCGCCCAGAGGGCGGAGACCGGGCGGAACGGCGCCUCUCCUCCGCCUCCUCGCGACUCACCGCUGCCCCUGGUGCCCGCGGCGCAUGUGCCCGGCGCCCCCUCCCCGGCCCUGGAUUCCGCUUCCUCUCCGCUCACGCUGCAGCGGCAGCCGCCUGCAGGCCCCGCGCCGUCUCCGGAGUCCAUGGCCGGGACGCGCUGGGUGCUCGGGGCACUGCUCCGGGGCUGCGGCUGUAACUGCAGCAGCUGUCGGCGCACCGGCGCCGCCUGUCUGCCCUUCUACUCGGCCGCCGGCUCCUUCCCUUCGGGCGUUUCGGGCCGCCGCCGCCUGCUGCUGCUGCUCGGGGCCGCCGCGGCCGCCGCCUCCCAGACGCGGAGCCUCCAUACUGGGCCUGGGCCUGCCGGGAGCCUGGCGGGUCCUCCUCCCGCGGCCGCUUCUGCCGCUGCCGCGGAUGCUGCCUCCUACCCGGCCCUGCGCGCCCCUCUGCUACCCCAGUCGCUGGCGGCGGCCGCAGGCCGGGCGCCGAGCUACAGCCAGGAGUCCAAAACUACCUACUUGGAAGACCUUCCACCACUCCCUGAGUAUGAGCUGGCUCCGUCCAAGUUAGGAGAGGAAGUGGAUGAUGUUUAUCUCAUUCUAGCUCAAAGAUUGCCCUGGUCAUGUACUGUGGAAGAUGUGCUUAAUUUUUUCUCAGACUGCAGGAUCCUCAAUGGUGAGAAUGGAAUACAUUUCCUCUUAAAUAGAGAUGGGAAACGAAAGGCUGAUGCCUUAAUUGCAAUGGAGUCAGAGCAGGAUGUGCAGAAAGCUUUGGAAAAGCACCGCAUGUACAUGAGUCAGCGGUAUGUGGAAGUAUAUGAGAUAAACAAUGAAGAUGUGGAUGCCUUAAUGAAGAGCCUGUAGGUCAAAUCUUCACCUGUGGUAAAUGAUGGCGUGGUUCAUUUGAGAGGACUUCCUUACAGUUGCAAUGAGAAAGACAUUGUAGACGUCUUUGCAGGACUGAAUAUAGUAGACAUUACAUUUGUCAUGGACUACAGAGGGAGAAGAAAAACAGGGGAAGCCUAUGUGCAGUUUGAAGAACAAGAAAUGGCCGGCCAAGCCCUGUUGAAACACAGGGAAGAAAUUGGUAACCGAUAUAUAGAGAUAUUUCCAAGCAGAAGGAAUGAAGUUCGAACACAUGUUGGUUCUCAUAAGGGAAAGAAAAUGGCAUCUUCUCCUACUGCUAAGUAUAUAACUGAGCCAGAAAUGGUCUUUGAAGAGCAUGAAGUAAGUGAGGAUAUUCGACCCAUGACAACUUUUGAAAGUGAGAAGGAAAUAGAAUUGCCUAAGGACAUGUCAGAGAAGCUUCCAGAGGCUGUUGAUUUUGGAACUACGCCUUCACUACAUUUUGUCCAUAUGAGAGGAUUGCCUUUCCAAGCUAAUGCCCAAGACAUUAUAAAUUUUUUUGCUCCACUGAAGCCUGUUAGAAUCACCAUGGAAUACAGUUCCAGUGGGAAGGCCACUGGAGAAGCUGACGUGCACUUCGAUACCCAUGAGGAUGCUGUUGCAGCUAUGCUCAAGGAUCGGUCCCAUGUUCAUCAUAGGUAUAUUGAACUGUUCCUGAAUUCAUGUCCAAAAGGAAAAUAAGACUUCCAGGGACUCCAAAUAAGGAUGAAGCAAGAAGCAUUUCAUUUGCACAUCUUAUUGGACAUGGGAUACAAGGUUCCAGUUUAUUAGCAGCAACUGCUAGAGAAGGGAUUUUGGAGUUUUGGGUUAAUUGCUUCUAAGAAAAAUUUCUAUAGUGGACUGUUUAGAAAGGGGAAGGAAAGAUUCAGUUUGGGAUUAUGAAAUAAACUACAAAUUUAAAUGUUUGUUUAAACAUCCUGUCUAGGAUCUGAUUUAAAAAUCGGGUCUUUUAUUUUGUGUGAUCAGUUUGUUUUCAUAGAGGAUAUUAUGCAGUGUAAAGACUACAUAUUUUUAUUUAGCACUGUCUUUUAAAACCCUUCUCCCAUUUAAAAAAUAAUCUGUUCAAAGUUUUGUUCUUUGCCUAUGAAUUGAGAGCUCUGAUGUAAAACUCUUGGUUUGCAGGUUCUCAUGGAAUAAAAUACUGAUGAUUUAUUUUAACCAAAUACCAAAGCAAGGAUAGGUUUUAAACCUUUGAACUAGUGUGGCUUGGUGGUGGGGGGUAAUUUUAAUUUUAAAUGUAUAGGAUUAAUUAGAUAAGGGUAGGAAUUAAACAAAAUGAAUCAAAACAGAAAUGCCACAGGUUAAUAAGUGUAAAUGAUAGUAAUUUGGCAGAGUUUCAUGCCUUUAGAAAUGUUUUGACUUCCUAAAUAUUACGCUAGGCAUUUAACACCAGAGCCUGUCUACUUAAGGAGGAAAUUCUAGUCUCAAAAGUUGUCUGAAAAGGCUCCCCACACCCCUUUUUUAAAAAAAUUUUUGGUAAACAUUAAUGAUGUGUUUGUCUCAAAACUCUGAAGUAACAUGUCAGAACAGUCCAGACUGGUAAGGACAUUAAUGGCUUCACUUGAAAUUUAAACCAGCUCUAGAUAGGAAAAAAAUCUAAAUCUCUUCAUUUGCUUUCUUCAGUGGGGUAGCACAUCCCAUAUUUUAGAACAGGUAGGGGUGCCUUGCUUAUAUAAAAAUAACAUUUAAUGUAUUAAUUGUGUGAAGGGUUUAUGGGUAAAGCUCUAUUUGUCACAUUGUGGCAGUAUCUUCUGCUUUAAUAUUAAACAGCUUGUUAUUUAAAUGCUGGAUCAAAAUGGCUGGCUUCAAAAUAUAGUCCUUAAUAAACUAACUUUAUGUGCACCUGUCUAGGAGAGUUAAAGUCCUGUAUACUUUCUUUGCCUUGUUCCUGUUCUCAGGGUGACAGCUGCCAUGUAGUUACCAGGCGAUGCAAUUCUAGUUCUUAAAAAUGUAUUAGCCCAGAUUUCUGAGAGAUGCCAUCUGGAAGAGAGAUUGUCUUCUCUCACUUAAUAUGUAACCAUCUUUGAUUACCAGCUAAGAUGAAAUCACUGUACUGUAAGUAGUCAACAAAUGAAGGCUUGUUUUAGGCUGAAGAACUACUUGAGAGUAUUUAUUAUUGGAGUGUGUGAGUCAACUGAGUAUAUUUUUAUUACAUCAAGUCCAAGUAUGUUAACGUAAAUGGUUAAUAAUGGUUAAUGUUCAGUGUGUGUUUUUUUUAAUCACCUGUAAGAACACAAUUUAAUCAACCAGCUUAAUAUCUUCCUUAGAUGGUAAUGUGUUCAUACAUGGUUGAGUGUACUGAGUUUUGAGAACUGGUGUCUACAGUUGUAUGAUAUAUUAAAAAGUGAUUUAUUUCUCUUCCUUAAGUAGGUAGCUGAUUUGCUGUGGGAAAAAUCUUUUAGGGCCCUGUGGGAGUGGGGUGGGUGAGGAAUUAAUUCAUUUGCAGUUAUUUUAAAUUCAUUUUCUCUGGGAAAAGAAUGAGUGCAAAAGCAUUAAAAUGCUGUGUGAUAGGUGAGCUUGAAGGGAUGCGACUUCAUGCCAUGCUGGUGGCUGAGUUCACAGUACAAAAGGUGGCUGGUGCCUGGGAAGUUGUAUUAUGAAUUCAUAUACUUUACUUUCUUUAGUUACUGUUCAUACUUUAGUAAAUGAAUGAUUGCUGAGAUGGCAAGUAUUACUGGAGGAGAGAGGUAGAAAAGUACAUAAUGCAGUUAAAGAGUAAUAUUUUCAGAAAUUUUUCUCUCCCCCUAAUUGACAAAACUGGGUUGUGCGUCACCAUUUGCCAUUGAAGGAGGUAAUGACAGUGACUCUUUCUCUGCUAUUUGGGUCCCUUAUGUCUUUGUAAUUUUCUUUAUGGUAAAGCUUAUCAAAAAUAAUGGGGAGUAUUGGAGUAUAUAUGCAGGGUACCCAUAUCCUCACUAUUGGCCUCACUAUUUCUCAAGGAAUUACAAGAGAGAAUGCUGAUAUAUAUGUAGAUGUCAAGGAGGAUAUGGCGAAAGAGUGUAAGCUGAUCUAAUAUAUUCACCAGCAUCAGAAAAUGAAGUAGAAACAGGAAGCCAGAGUGUCCUCUAUGCCUGAGUGACCAGAGCUUCAGCCAGAUAGGAAAAGAGAGUGAGUCUGCUCUAGGGCGGAAGGCUGUAAAUUGUCCUCACUACUUUUGCAGUGUGGGGACGAAGAAUAAUAAGAAAGCUACUUCCAUGUGGGUGACAGUUUUACGCGUUGACUGCUUAUUAGUAAACAUGCUGUUACUAGCGUUUUCUGCCCUAAAGAGUCUUAGCAGAUUCUCGUUCGGAGAUUUAUUUUUCUCUGGGUGACAUCCGAUUCAUCUUAUCAUUAAAUACACUCCAUUGUGUUGAGAGUUUCCCCUAAAACAUGUGAAAGGAUGCACAUUCAAUAGGUGGAUCUUGUACUGUAGAGUAAGUAAAGCAGAGGCAGGCGCUAGUUCAGGGUCCUUGAAAAAAAUCAAGUUGUUCUAAUGUAGUAGAAAUAUAUUUUCCCCCUGAAUUUAGCAAAUUACAAAAUAGUCUCUGAAGUCUAUAGGAAGGCAUAAAGGAAGGUUUAAUCUGAUUUUUAAGCCUUGAUGAUAUAAAAAUAAAGAAUAGUGGGACAAUUUAAAAAUUGUUUAUGUAUUAUUUUUUGAAGGAAAUAAAAUUUAUUGAAGAGAUUCAAAGGGUUAUACUUGAAAAGUCUCCCUGCCAUCCUUUACUUCAGCCACUGAGUUCUGCUUCUCAGGCAUCCCUGUCAGUUUCUGAUGUAAUUUUGGGAUAUUUAUUGUAUAUAUAAGAAAAUAUUAAGAUAUAUUUUCAUUUUUAAUAUAACUUAUAGCAUACUAUACAUGCUAUUUUCUACCUUGUUUCUUUUCCAUUUAAUAUAUCCUAAAUAUCAUUCCAUAUCAGUAUAUAAAAUCCUUCCUCACACUUUUUUAAUGAUUGUAUAGUAUGGAUGUAUGUAAUUAAGUCUGUUCCUUACAGAUGAAUAUGUAAGUUGUUCCCAGUCUUGCUAUUUUAAUGCUGAAAUGAAUUACCUUGUAUAAACUUAAUACAUAUAUCAUUUUGUACGUACAUAAAAUUCUCUGUAGGAUAAAUUCCCUGAAGUGGUCAGAGUAUGUGCAUUUGUAAUUUAUAUCUAAAAUUAAAUUUAUAUCUUAAAUUGUUAAUAGCCUUCCACAGUUUGCCCCAGCAACAUCUAUUUCCCCAUAGCCUUGCCAUUAAUAAUGUAUUAUCAGUCUAUUCUUUGCCAGUGUGAUAGGGUUUCUUUUUUUUUUCUUUUAGAAGUAUUAUCAGGUAGCAUUGUUUUGUGUUUAAGAACUUUUGGAUUUCCUUUUCUGAAAACUGUCUUCAUAUCCUCUGGUUUUCUUUUCCUUUAAAAAAAUUUAUUCUUUAAAAUUACAGAAUACAAAAUAGAAAAGUAUAACAAACCCAUAUAUUCAUCAACAGUUACCAGCUCACAAUCGUGUUUCAUCUAUGUCCCCAUCCACCUCAUUUCCCCCAUAUUAAGGUUAAAGCAGAGCUGGAGAUAGCAUUAUUUUUAUCUGUAAAUAUUUCAGUAUGCAUCUCUUAAGGAAAAAAAAAAAAGAAAAAUACUUUUGUUCCUGAACAUACUAGUAAUUUCUUAUCAAAUACCUGAAAUGUCAUUAUUUUUAAGUUUAUUUGAAUCAGGGUCCAAAUAAUGGCCCACACAUUUCAAAUAGUUACUUAUGCUGCUGCUUUUUCCUUGCAACAUUUUAAUAUAAAAAAUUUCAAGCAUACAGAAAAGAUGAAUUACAGACACCCCUAUACCCACUAUUUAGAUUCUACAGUGCUUAUGUAUUUCUAAGUUGUAGACAUCUAUACUGACUCUUAACUUUUCAGGAUGUCAUCAACCAGAGGUUUUGUUCACCCCCCCAAGGUAUAAUUUAUAGUGAAGAAACAUUAAGUGUGCCGUGUGAUGUAUUUCUGUGUACAACUGUGUAAUGCAAACCCCUAGCCAUGUGUAGAACAUUUCUGUCACAUCGGAACAUUUCUUCAUCUAGUCAGUUCUUGCGCUUCCCCUGUCACCUCUGCCUUUCCCUCACAGGCAGCCACUCUUAGGAUUUGAUUUAGUUCACCAUAGAUUAGAUUUGCCUAUCCUAGAACUUCAUAUCAAUGAAACCAUACAGUAUGUAAUCUUAUGUAAGGUUUCUUUCACUCAGCAUGUUUUGCGAUUCCUUGUGUUUCAGCUGUUCCUCUUCCUUGAUGAGUAGUAGUCCACUGUAUGCCAGGGUUUAACCUUUCACCUGUUAAUGGACAAUUGGGUUGUUCAUAGUUUCUGGCUAUUAUGAAUAAAGCUGAUAUGAACAUCUUGUGCAAGCCUUUUUUGUGGACAUCUUAAUUUCUUUUGGGCAAGUACUUAGGAAUGAAAUAUCCUGAGUUACAGGGUUGGUAUAUUUUAAUUUUUACUAGAAAUUGAUGUACCUUUUCCCCCACUGGUCGUUGUAUUUUAUGUUCCCACAAACAAUAUGUGAGAGUUCCAGUAGGUCUGCAUCCUCACCAAUAUCUGGUGUUGACAGCCUUUAAUUUUAGCUAUCCUGUGUGUAGUAGUAUCUCAUAGGUUUAAUUUAAAUUUUCCUGAUGAUUAAUGAUGUUAAUCAUUUUUCCAUAAUGCUUAUUAGCCAUUCAAAUAUCUUCCUUAGUGAAGGGCCUGUUUCGUCUUUCUCUUACUCUAUAGGUUUCCCCUCCUGUUUUCUUUUUUCCUUCUUUUUGUUGAAAAAUAAGAUUUUCACAGUCUGAAUUUUGAUUGCCUGUGAUACUGCACAUUUUUCUGUUGAAUGUGGUCUUAACUUAUUUGCAGGAGCCCUUUAUUCCUGCAGUGAGCUUUAAGUAGUUCCCUCUUCAGUUUGUCAUCUGUCUCUUGGCUUAUUAUGGCAGAAAUUAUUUUUAUGCGGCUGAAUUGUAAGUCUCCUUUUAUGGCUUCUGGGGUUUGUGUCAGAAUUAGGACAUCCCAGUGAAAUGAUUUUGAAAGCACCUACUAUUAAGAAUGAAAGUUAUCGCCUAGGUAGACUCUAAAACAUGGACGGACCAGUCAGUAACUCAGUGAAAGUGACAAAGAUCACUGUGGUGAAAUGAGUUCCUUUAUGUGGCCUUUUGCCUCGAUUCUUUGGAAAAACAACUUGAGAGAUUUUUCUCCUAAGCCCUGAGGAGUUACCUUUGCCCUAGGUUUCUACCCUAGAAGCUUUGUUACUUUUGCCAGGUUGAUUGACAUUUCCUGGGUAAGUUGUAAACAGCUUGGUUUGAUAUUUUUUGUCUGGUCCUGGGCUGCGGCCUGCCCUGUGAUUGGUAUGCAUCUUGCAGGGAUUGGUCAGUAGACUGUACAAAUGAGGUGAGUUGUAGCCUACUAUGCAAAUGAAGUUGUCUGUGGCCUGUUGAGAGGGUAUUGGUAAAUUUGUGGCUCUCACUGGGAGGGGCUGUGCCUUGAACUUGACAAGUUGUGUAUAUAAGCAGCCUACCAUGUAGAGGUUUUUCUGAGAGAAGCAACAGGAAGAAGUAGAGAGGAGGCAAGGAACCUCCUCAGUGAGCUGUAACAUGGGUCAAUGACUGUAA